CCCUCUUAGGCCACCGUCCACAUGCCAAACAAACUCCACUGGCAGACAGCUGUUGCCACGAUCGUGUUACAGAGCUCACGUGCACGUUGGGCUGUCACUCGGAAAGAUUAUUUGAAGGCUACUUUCGAGUACUGAUAAAUAAAAUAAAUAGUAUCGGCCAUAAGAUGACGGAGCCUGUUAUAAACAUACACCCCGGGGCCACAAAAUGGGACAUCCGUCAGAAAAUUUGGGACUACAUCGAGGAGAAGAAUCUUGCCAACUUCCCGAGGCCUGUUCACAACAGGAUACCAAAUUUUAAGGGUGCGGCCCAAGCAUGUGACAGGCUCACAGUCCUGCAGGAGUUCAAGUCCAGCCAGACCAUCAAAAUAAACCCAGACAGGCCCCAGGAGCAGGCUCGCUUUGUCACUCUGGAAGGUGCUUUCACAGCCUGCGCCAAGGUAUCUGAGCUCCCAGUGUUCACCCAGACAGAUGAGGUGAAGGUGGAUCCUGAUAAGCCUCUGGAGGGUGUCCGUCUGGCAGUGCUACAGGCAAGAAAAACCUUAUUGGUCCCUACCCCUCGUCUUCAGUCUGGUCUCUUCAACAAGAUCACCCCGCCUCAGGGAGCCAGCAAAGAACAACUGCGUGUGUGCUCUACCUCUCAGGGUGUGAAGGAAUUCAGUGUGCCUGUUGGCCUGGAUGCCAAGGUGAAGGUGGACCUGGUGGUAGUUGGCUCUGUGGCGGUGUCGGAGAAAGGCUAUCGGAUAGGAAAAGGAGAGGGUUACGCUGACAUGGAGUAUGGCAUGAUGGUCGCCAUGGGAGCUGUGAAUGAGUCAACUGUGGUGGUUACUGUUGUCCAUGACUGCCAGGUUGUGGACAUUCCAGAGGAGCUGAUAGAAAGCCAUGACUUGACUGUUGACUAUAUCCUCACACCCACAAAAGUUGUUAAAACGGAGUGCAAACGCCCCAAGCCACAGGGUAUCAUCUGGACUAAGCUGGACACAAGCAAGCUAGAGAAGAUUCCCAUACUGAAGAAGCUGCUUGCUCUGGAGGAGCAGUCAGGCAAGGAUGUGACACUGGGCACAGCGCCUGCUGCAGGGGAGCCUGGUUUCCCAGCUGAUUAUAAACCCAAAAGACAGACCAGAAGGAGGCCAAGACGUAGCACGCAGCAGGAUGCUGAAGGAGAAUCCAGAGAGGACGCAAAACAAGAGAACAGAGUGGAGUUGGGACAGAAACCUAGAUCGCGGCCAGCAAGAGUGAGGAAAGAAAGCAAAGGAGAAGUCAGGGAAGAUGGAAAGGUAGAAGGCAGGGGAGGGCGUGGGGGUGAGAGCAAAGAGUUGGAGAAGGACAUGACAGGAAAAAGUGGAGGGAGGAGGAGAGAGAAGGCCCCUGAGGACAGGGAAAGUGAAACCGUAUCUCAGCGCAGGCUCCCCCCAAGUGUAACCACAGUUUACCUGGGCGGCAUCCCUCCUGGGCUGCGCGUUAGCGAGCUGAAGACUGCCCUCCGAGAGAGGGAGGCAGUGCCACUGAGGCUGACCUGGCAGGGAGCUCAACACAGGGCCUUCCUGGACUACACCGACCCUGAGGCGGCAGACCAGGCCCUGGAGGCUCUGCAAGGUCUGUCUCUGAAUGGCCACAAUCUGCAGGCCGUGCUGGCCAAGAGCCAGAGGGGGGGCAGGAGGUCUGGACUGCCCAACCGGAGACCCAAACCAGCAACAGCUCCGAAAACUAAACCAGCACCAUCAGAGUGUAGUGAUGAUACACAUGAUGAAAAGACUAAGCAGUAAUAUCAAUCAAAAGGCACACAGCCAAAGAUAUACUAAAUUAAUCACUUGUGGUGCCAUCUUAAAUGCCUUAAGCAGAGUUUAGUUUGUUUGUAAUAUCUCUGAAUUUAAUACAGUAGAACCUGCAUUUUAUCAGCCUCAGACAUCGGAAAGAACUGUGUAUCCUCAUGGGGAAAAACAAAUAAAAUAUGACUAAUAAAAUAUGCAACAGCAGUACUUGAAACAUUUGAAUAAAAUGAGAAUUUCAUUGCUGCAUAAUGACAUCUCAAUAUUUUACUUUUAGUAUGUUGCACAUGCCAUUUUGAAAUACAUAUGCAGUGAUUUUUUGCUUUGAUUUAUUUACACACACCUCCUGCUCUGUCUUUACAGGGGUGUUUCCUUCAUAGCUUUGAGAAGUUCUGAAACAAAGAGUUAUAUUUUGUAUCUUCUCCCAAGUAUCUUUGGCUAUCAGUUCUCUGAGCAUCUUGCAGUGUGAACAUAUUAAAGAAAUCAAGCUAAGAUCUACUCAUGAUAUGUAGGCUCUUAGUCAAACUUCCCUUUCUGAGUUCAUAGAAUUGAGAUGUCAUAGGCAGGUCUGUCUGUCUGAGUAUUAAAGUGGAGCAAUAGGAAUUUAGGUUUCAUAGCAUCACAGAUUCCUUUACUUACAAUUCAAUUAUGACAGAGUUAUUGUCAGGUUUUUCACAAUAUUUUGUGUAAUAAAGUAUUUGUGGAGUUCAAA